CUCCGGGAAACUCUCCCCCAAGAAACUCGAAAUUAACAAAAAAGAAAAAGAAAAAAGAAAAUUAAUGCGGCAUAAUCUUCCCUUAUACUGUUUAUCAAAUAAUGGCCGGUGCGUUUCACAAACUCAGGAAGUCUCUCUCCCGGAGAUUCGCCUCCUCCCCCGAUUCGUCUCCUCCUCCUCCCUCCAAUCCUCAGAACAAUGGCGUUUCGGAAGAUGCCCGCUCCUCCUCGGUGUCCCAUUCACCGUCCUCUUCAGUUUCCCGAUUCACGCGCUCUCUCAGUAAUCGCCCCUCCAAGAAAAUUUGCGCCAUAUGCCUUGAUAAAGUAAGGACAGGGCAAGGGCAAGCCAUCUUCACUGCCGAGUGUUCCCACUCUUUCCACUUCAAUUGCAUCGUGGUUAAUGUGGACCAUGGAAAUUCACUGUGCCCCAUCUGCCGCUCAAAAUGGAAAGAAGUACCUUUCCGAGCUCCCACCAAUGUUAACAGCACGGGAGGGUCUCGAGUCGCUCCAUAUGUUCCUGUACCUGAAUAUCUCCGCAACCAAUAUAACCAGCCUGAGCCCCUUCACUUCUCAGACGAUGAUUCCCUUCCACCCGCCACCUCUGCAGAUCCCACCUCUGGCCCUCGGGAUCUCACUCUCAAGACCUUUACAGAGUUCCCUGCUGUUGCUGCUUCAGAAUCUCCCACAAUAUUCUCUCUUCUUGUCAGCAUCCGCGCACCUCCUCUUCAUGUUGAUGCCCGUGCACCCAUUGACCUUGUUGCCGUGCUUGACGUGAGUAGCAGCAUGGUUGGUGCAAAGCUUUCCCUUCUCAAGCGAGCUGUCCGCUUUGUCAUACAGAACUUGGGUCCAUCAGACCGACUAAGUAUAGUUGCUUUCUCAUCAAGGGCUUGGAGAAUCCUUCCUCUCCGAAGGAUGUCUGACACGGGCCGUGCAGAUGCCAUCCAGGCUAUCAAUUCUCUUACAUCGAAUGGUGGGACGGAUAUUGUGGGAGGGCUGAAGAAAGGUGUCCGGAUUCUUGAGGAAAGGCGGGAGCAGAAUGCAGUUGCUGGAAUCCUCCUCCUAUCUGAUGGAAAAGACAAUUACAACUGUGAUAUUCGCAACCAGUUCAGUAAAUCAAAUCCAAGGCUGGCACCGGAGUAUUUGAACCAAUUGCCAGCGUCAAUUAAUCAUUCUGGAGAUAAGGAGGGGCAGCCAACUAUUCCGGUCCACACAUUUGGGUUUGGCUUGGACCAUGAUUCCACCGCAAUGCAUACUAUAUCGGAUGCAUCAGGUGGCACAUUUUCCUUCAUUGAGUCAGUUGUUAUGAUACAAGAUGCAUUUGCCAGAUGCAUUGGUGGUCUUCUUAGUGUGGUCGCUCAGGAAGUUAGAGUGAUCGUCAAGACAGUGACACCUGGUUUGCGAAUUGGAUCAAUUCACUCGGGGAGUUAUGUUUCUAAAAUUUAUGAUGAGGGUAACCAAGGGGUCAUUGAGGUUGAAAAUCUCUAUGCUGAAGAAGAGAAACAAUUUCUUGUCAAUAUCUCAAUUCCAGCCUUGUCUUCUACUGGAAGCAAGGAAAGGGAGGAGCAAACAGCAUUGUUGGAUGUUCUCUGCUCUUACAAAGAUUCAGUUUCAAGUGAAGUGUUGGAGGUUGAAGGUGAGAGAAUGUAUAUAGGCAGACCACAGAAUUUAUCUCCUACAGAUUUGAUGGUGUCGCUGGAGAUUGAUCGGCAGCGAAAUCGUAUAAAGGUAGCAGCCGGUAUAACAGAAGCACAAGUGAUGGCUGAAGCGGGGAAUCUGGAGGGUGCCCAGGCUUUGCUGGCACAAGUGCGAGCAACUCUGUUAUCGUCAGCCUCGGCCCAAGCCGGUGAUUGUCUUUGCAACAGGCUUGAAGCGGAGCUGAGAGAAAUUAGGGAGAGAAUGACAAGCCUGGAAUUAUACCAACAGAGUGGACGUGCUUUUGUUCUCUCUGGGUUGAGCUCACAUUCAUGGCAAAGGGCAACAACUAGGGGUGAUUCAAUGUCCCAGACAUUUGUUAUGAGCGCACAAGGCGGGAACCAAAACACCGUUGGCUAUGACACCCCUACCAUGGUUAGCAUGGUGACAAUGUCACAGCAACUAAAUGCCACGACUUGACUUGGUGAACAAGGAUCCAUAAUCCAACAUAGACCCAUAGUGCUAUGUGUGGUAAUAAAGCAGCAAUAGUUUCUAUUCUUAAAGUUUAGGGUUCUAGCUGAAGUACACUCUACUGUCUUUACAUUAGUUGUUGGUUGCUUUCUGGUUUUAGAUUUUGCAUGGAUUGGAUUGGAUUGGAUUGGAUUAAGAGGUAUUCUCGCUAGAAAUGAAUGCACUGGCCGGUUGAUGAAUAAUACAAAGCACCUACCUGUCUUGGCAUUUAUAUUUUGUCAUUUCAUGCUAGCGAAGAUGGUAUGAUAUCGCAUUCUGCAAUAAAUGUAUUAAUUUAAUAUUUAUCUAGCUUCUAUGAUGAUAGCCAUUCUUGGACAAAUUAAA